AUGAUGGGGCUUCGCAAGUGCGUGCUUGUCUUUGGUCUGGCAGCGGCUUUGGCUGCUCCCGCCCUGGCAGCGGACCAAGAGACGACCUUCCUGCAAAAGGAUUCCGACAAUGCCGUCGCCAUCUCGGAGGAAGACCCGAAAGUCGAUCCGCGCUUCGUUUCACUCUUCGCAGGCUGGAUUGAUGUCAUGUGCGACCUGAUGUACAGGAAGUACAUGUACAACUACGGCACCCAUGUUCCACCGCCUCCCCCACCGCCUCACCACCACCAUCAUCACCAUCACCAUCAUCCGCAUUCUUCUGAAUCCGACUCUGACAGCAGCUCGGAAGAGGACAACGGCCCUCCUCCUCGUCCCCAUCCCCACCCGCGCCCUCCUCGUCCCUCCUCCUCCUCUUCCUCCGAAGACGACAGCUUCAGCUUCUCCUCUGAAGACAACCGACCACACCGCCCCCAUCCCCCGGUGAAGCCAUACCCCCCGAUGAAGCCAUAUCCGCCAAUGCCCUACCCUCCCGUGAUGCCCUACCCUCCUGUGAUGCCCUACCCUCCUGUGAUGCCCUACCCUCCGAUGAUGCCCUACCCUCCUAUGAUGCCAUACCCUCCUUUCUAUCCACCCUUCAGACCCCCGCGUCCCACCCCGAGCCACAGCCACAGCGUUGAGUCGACCGAGAAGUCGGCAUAA